AUGGCUUCCUUUAUGCGCCCCGGCCUUCUCAGGCAAGCUUACACCAAGCCCCAAGCAGCGCACCGCAUGCUGUCCACGGCCAGCUCCACCAUCAACCGCCCGCUCGCCCACCAACUUCGCCCAGCUUUCCAGCGCUCAGUCAUUCCCCAGUCCACGCGCGUCGCCGCCUUCCACGCCACCCAGCGCAACCAGAUUCUGCCCCCGCUGCCACAGAAGAUUGUCGGAACCACCAACGACCCUGUGCCUGUACCCGAGCCAGACUAUGCCCAUGGCAGCUACCACUGGAGUUUCGAGAGGAUCGUCUCCGCCGGUCUGAUUCCUUUGACCAUUGCGCCUUUUGCUGCUGGAUCGCUAAACCCACUUACUGACUCUAUUCUCUGCGCUCUCUUGGUCAUACACUCGCACAUUGGCUUCGAGGCAUCCAUCAUCGACUACUUCCCUAAGAAGCGAGUGCCCCUCCUUCGCAACCUCUCCAUGUGGGCUCUCCGCAUUGGAACCGUCACUCUUGGUAUCGCUCUCUACUCCUUCGAGACCAACGAUGUUGGCAUCACCGAGGCUGUGGCCAGGCUGUGGCAUGCGUAG